CACCACGUGACGGGGGGCAGCGCCGAGUCCUCCCCCCCCCCCCCCCCCCGCCAUGUGACCGGCGCCCUUACCGGACCGGAUGUGUUGCUGGCAGCCAAGAGACUUUCAAACAAACACCAGUCGUAUCGAUUCGUUAUUCCACAAGAUGACUAAAGAGAAGAAAAGUAAACUUGCAACCCGCAAGGUGAAACUGUCCACUGACGACCCGCAGCCAGCACCUGAGAAGCCUGAGAAGACCCGGCAGAAGAGAAAGAAAAGGACAAGAUCACAGGAUACUGAAGAAAAACAAAUGGACGGAGAAGAGGAACUUUCUCCAGAUGCAAAGAGAACGAUGGAACGGAAACUGAAGAAAGAGCGUAAAAAGGAAGAAAAGAAGAUGCUGCGGGCAGCUGGCGUGGAGGUUCAAGUGGAAACUACGCAGAAGCCCUCGGCUGGUCAACUUGCCUUGGAAUAUCUGACAACGUGGUCCAAACACCGCACGGAGUGGAGAUUCCAAAAGACAAGACAGAAAUGGCUGCUGCAGCACAUGUAUGACCGUGACCAGAUAUCGGACAAGCACUUCACCAUGCUGCUGGGUUACAUGGAGGGUCUGCAAGGCAACGCUCGCGAGCUGACCAUUCAGAAAACUGAGGCGCUGAUGAAGGAAUCCGACUCUACAGGUGAUCCGCCGGACAUCAGCGUGGACAAGAUGGAGCGUAUGAAGCAAGUCCUCCAGCUCCUCUUCUGAACCUCCAAACGUCUCUCCGUUCAGGGUGCGUUUCUACCCGUGGAGAAUGCCCACCUCUUUGUUUACAGCUGUCUGGUCGACUACUCUGCUGAAGGAUGUUCGUAUCAAAUUCUAAUCUCAUUUACCUUUAUUUACCUUUGUACUCGAUAUUCCAGGCUGACCAAUUAAAGCAACGUUUGAUAGGAA